UAGCAGAGUGUGCGUGCGUGUGUAUGUGAGUGUGGGUGUGCUAGUGUGUGCACUCUCGUGCAGAUAUAAGAUAUUUCUUGGUUGCAAACCCACGUGUGGGUAGUGAUUCAGUUUUGCAGCCGGCAAAGCAACCAUCAUGAGCAGCACACCCGGCAUGGAUCCUGCGCUGACGGUCGCAACGCCAGCGACGCCUUCUCCUUCACUCAACGCGUUUGAUUUUGAUUUCACGGGCUCCAACUAUGAAAUGGAUCCCAGCAUUUCGGAGGAGGAACGUCGCUUCUAUUUAAAAAUGUAUCCCACAGUGGACGUGGUCAAUCAACGUAAAGUUCAUUGCACCGUUUGCCGUAUGCACCUUGGCACAGCAGUCAGCACAGAAAAUAACAUUAAGAUGCAUCCCAUACUGCGUGUGACGCAUUGCAUCAAAUGUCAUGAUUUCUACAAUAGCGGUGAAUUUUCAAAGGGCGAAGAUGGCUCGGAACUGUAUUGCCGUUGGUGCGGCCAAGGCGGCGAGGUAUAUUGCUGCUCCACCUGCCCGUAUGUGUUCUGCAAGUCGUGCAUCAUUAAGAACCUGUCACGAGGCGUCAUUGUGGACAUUGAACAGAACGAGAACUGGAACUGCUUCAACUGCACUUCCAAAAUACUCUGGCCGCUGCGCGCACAACACUGGGCGCUGGUCAACUACAUACAGACGCAGAAGAAUGGCCUCCAGUCCCUGCAACUAUCCGAAUCGGAAAUGCGCAGGCAAACUCACAAGGACUACAGCACUUGUUGUCGCCUAGCUAAGGCGAAGGUGAAUAGCUUGUCGGACUCCAUGGAGAGCUUGGAGUCAAAUACUUCAAAACGUAGUCACAGUAGCUCUACGAAUUCGGGCAAGAAGUCUGCCAAGUCACAGGGCCCGCCUGCUAAGCGGCCAAAAUCCUCCAAUGACGAUAUCGUCUGUACGCCCGAUUUGCUCAGCAUGCUGGAACCGGAUUGCCAAAUUUCAGUGGCACAAAAGCCAGCUCCUCGUUCGAAUAUAACACCUGCUUCCAGCAUCACGACGACGCCACGCAUCGUCACCGUGCAACAGAAUUACACCGGACCGCGGCCGAGCACGAAUGGAAGCUCGACAGCGGGUCCUCGCAGCAGUCUACCACCUCCACUCGUGCUGAGCAGUUCCGGGAUGCGUUAUCGCCAAUCCACGCCCAGUCAACCCUCUGUAGUGCGACGCACAGUGGUGCCAAAUGCCAUACGCUCGGCAGGACCUGUUUUUCAUACCAUAAAUGGUUUUCGUGUCGAUCUCAAUAGUGCCGCACAACAGGACUCAUAUCGUCUACCCAACGGGCGGCUCAUACAGGUCAAGCGGCAAUUUCCACCUGGCCAACCACCACCGCCAACCACGACAACGGUCACGCGUGCGCCCGUUCCACUGACUCCACAGGUCAUCAUCAGGCAACAGCAACCAGCGGUCCAAUCUCCACGGAUGCUGCAUCCAAACUUUGGAUCGAACAUGGGCAUCUACAAUCCACAGACCAAUCAACAGCAGCGUGCACCACAAGUGGUGCGCGUCAACAACGGCAGCCAAGUGCAUGCAAUGAACGUCGCCCCCCAACCCCAAGCAACUGUUGGCAGUGGGAACAGCAGCAAUGGUGCAGCAGGCGGUGGCACUACCAUCAUGAUGACGCCCGCAUCGGUGGCUAAGGCACCAACAUUAGUGCGCCACGUCUUCUCCACAUCGCCACUGGGCGCAGCACGCACUCAGCUGCAAAACCAAAUAUUUAAUGCCAUGGAAAUCUGUACACAUCUCACGGGCAAGGUGCAAACACUGACCAUGUCCAAUGCGUACAACGAAGCGCGCAGCUAUACGGAUGUCAAGGAACUGUACAUACAUCUAUCCUAUCUGAUGACCUAUGCGAUAGGACGAUUUAAACAGCUGCAGGACAAAUGCUUGCUCGAUAUGCGAGAAAUGGGCUUCAAGAACGACGCCAACAGCCUGGAAAAUGGACAACUGGCAGCUGCUGUGGACUAUGUUUGCUAUGGCCAGCUGGAUGAUGUGGAUCUAUUCAAUAAGGGCAGCGAUAGCUUUCACAAUCAAGUCUACGAGUACCGCAAGAGUUUGCAUGCAAAUCUGAAAGACGGCGAGAAAUUGGACCCACUGCCGCCACUAUUGCCGCUGGGCGUGCGCGCCGAGGGUGAUCCGAAGGAUGAAGAUGAGGAUGCUGGCGGGACGGCGGAGAAUGAAAAUGAUGAUAACUAUGACUAUGACGACGACUAUCAGGACGAUGAUGCGGAUGACGGGGACGAUGUUGACGACUUGAAUGAUGAGUACGAUGCCCUCGGCACCGAGGAGAGCAUGAAUCGCAAUGAGCAAGAGCAUGCGUAUGAUCGCAAGCUAACGCGGUUGCUCAGGGAAUAUCCAUCCAUUUGGUGCACCCGCCAUCCGGACUAUGGCAAGAUGGUGGUGACACGCAAGCAGUGGCGCGUCAUAGCCAGCCACUUUCCACGGGGCGACGACAUAAAGCUGCGCUGGAAGAACGUGCGCAAACGUUAUGUGCGCAUCGAACGGUUGCUCAAGCAAGGCAAACGUUUCAAGGGCUAUUUCGAUAAGGCCACCAACUAUUUGGCCAACAGAGAUGUGCCGCCCAGCGAGUGGAAGCCAGUCGAUUGUGGCGAAGACGAUGGCGAUGGCUAUGAGCGUAAGCAACUGGAUGUCAUUGAGAAUAGCAUCAAUAAGGAGCAGAAAGAAUGUGCCAAACCCACAGCACGUUUGACUGUGCGUCCUCUGGAGGUGCGACCUAUUGAUAUGCGCAUCAUCAACUUCGCCAAGAGUCAUCCUGUGCUGUGGCGCAAAUCCGCAGAUCCCGAGUUCAAUAGCAUAGACGAACAAACACGCAAAUCUCUUUGGCUCAACUUCUGGAAGUCUGCGCCAAACUAUCGCUGUGAAUACAUUGUGGAGCGUUGGCAACAGAUGUAUGAAAUGUACAAGUCCUUCCGCUUAAAGACCAUCAAGGACAAACGCACCUUUGCCAAGCUAGAACUGAAAUACUCCAAAUACCUAGCCAAUUUAUAUUUCUUGUAUAAAAUCGAUGAACAGGAUUUGAGAGAUGAAUUCGAGCCGUUGCAGGACUGUGUAACGAAUGGCAACAGCUCCGCCGGCACAGCUGGCAAGCUAAAGGACAUGCCGGACGAUAAACAGUUUGUGCAGCAGCUGGUGCUGGCUAUGCGUGCCUAUCCCACAUUAUGGAAUCCACGACAUGUCGAUUAUAGCGACGUGGGUGCACGUGAGCGCCUGUGGGCGGAGUUGGCGCGGCGUUUGCCACGCUUUAAGCGUGAUGCACGCGCCUGCAAACUGCGCUGGCAAAUGGCAAAGUUCGCGUACGAGUGCUAUUGCCGCGAGAUGGAACGGCAACCUAGACCCAACGAGAAGACGCUGCAAAAGCUGCGCACAAACUUUCCGCUCGAGGAAAUGCGGUUUCUUAAUACCUAAGCUACGAAUUUUUUAGACUAACUAGACUAAGUUAAUUUAUGCUAAACUUCCGACCAUUCUAAGAU